ACGUCGAAGGCUCAGUGAAAGCUUGCUAGUUUGCGAGUUGGUUAGAUUGUUGGUUCGUGAAGGCGGGCUGUGGUUUGGUUUUUCAUAUAUGACAUAGAGCGAAUUGAAUAAUGAGCAAGUCUACUUUUAAAUCGAGCGGUGGAGGGAGUGCAGAGGGACGUGAUAAAGUUGACAUGUCUUUAGAUGAUAUUAUCCAGCUUAAUAAGAAACAGAAACAAAUGCAGGGCCCGAAGACAAAACGCAGAGUCCCAGUAAAAGGUGGCUUCACCCAGGGGAAGAAAAAUGGAGCAAGAGCUGUAGUGUCAUCUAAAAGAGGUGUUGGUGUUUCAAACAAACGCUCCGGUCGGAACCGUAAUCUUCCACCCACAGUAGCCAGACGUCGUGGGCAGGGUGUCAUCACUGGGCUAGCAGCUAGGAAGAGCGCUGCACUUCUUAAAGGUGUCAGUCCACUCAACCGAACUGCCCAGAACAGACCCGCUCAGAACCGGUCAAAACCAAACCGGCGGGCAUCAAACAGUGCAGUUUUUAACCUGAGGUCUCAGCCAUUUGUCCCACGACGUGACACCCAGCACAGACAGUGGCAGUUCCAGAGGAGACCAAAUCGACAGUUGGACUCGCACAAACCUCAGGGCACAGUUUCACACAGACCUUUUUGGCUGCACAGGAAAUGGAAUGCUCAGCAAACACAAAGAGAAGCUCGGCAGGCCACCUUUCUCUUCAGAAGAGGUCUCAAGGUUCAUGCACAAGUUUGGAAGACAAAGCCCGCACCACCCACACAGAUGACUCCCUCGUGGCGCACUACUUCAAACAACAGUGGCAUCCUCACUGUGUCAAUAGAUAACCCCACAGCAAGAACGCAGCCCGAGCCUGCCCAGUCUUGGUCCCUGCAUCCUGUGACUUUAACACAUUCGUCAUCUCCAUCUAAAGAAGAGCCAGAGAGGAAACCACCUAAAGGUGUCACCCUGCAGUUUGAUAUCAACAGUGUUGGAAAACAGACGGGAAUGACCCUAAACGAGCGGUUUCGCAUUCUGAAGGACCAGCGUGUGGCAGCAGCACAACAGAGCAGUAAAGGAGGCCGAUUCGUCACUGUGGCCUAGAGCUGAACUUUUGAGACACUGUUCACGUGUCCCUCUAUUGCUCAUCACAAACACUGAGCCACCCCAAUCCUACAGGGCCAUAAAGCCAAAUAAGGACCAGAGAUGAACUAAUGCUGUUCACAAAGAGACUUUAUCAGAAAGUGGAUGCGAUGAUUAUUUUGCGACGAAGUUGGAAGUGGCAUUUUUUAAAUGCCUACUGUCCUUUCCACACAAAGCAAGCAUAACUGUCAUCCCUCAAUAUCAAUUACAUUGUAUUGUCUUAUAAACAACCUUGAUAUUUGACAGAGGCCUGUUUUUUAUUUUUUUAUUUCAUAUAUUUAUCCACAAUAUGGUUGCAGCUCGAAAUGACCUAAUUCUUUUCUGUGUAGACCUUGCUCGUUUUGUUUUUUCCCCCUAAAGCAGUUGUAUGCCGAAGAUUGCAUUCCUUUUGUAGUGAAAAAAAAAAAAGACUUGAGGUGUUUUAUAAUGUUUCAAUUAAACAAAAGCAACAUGUUUUGCACCAGAUGUCUCUUUAUUUUAUGUGAAAAUGAAAAGUGCUUAGAAUUGUAUAUGAAAAACAACCCAUUAACGACGAAUAUUAAAUGCAGAUAUUACUCUGAUGCAUCUAAAUUUAAUUUGACACUAAAUGGAAAGUAUUUGCUACAUAACAGACUAUUUUAAGGGCAGCAACUUUGUAUCCUCUUCAUUAAUUUUCGUUUCAAAUUGGAAUGGAAUACUUGCUUACUCAGUGGUGUGAAGUAUAUACUGCAUACGGCAUACUACUUUUUUAAAUAGCAUGUGAAAAAAAUGCAGUUUGCUACAUUCACACGACUAUCAUGUUGCAUGCUUGUAAAAUAAGUCUGUUAUUUUAGUUUGAAUCCAAUUUUGCGUAAAAAUGUAUACAGUCCAGUCACAAAAUAGAAAUCAGAACUUUGUAUUACUUACUGUAUAUUUGAAUACCUUCCAGUUUUGCAUACUAUACACAUUAUACUGUAGAUCCUGUGAAUGGCAGAAAUAAAGAGGGAAGUUUGGCAUUCUGAAUGUAGCCAACAUCUUUUAGUGAUACGAAUCAUUCAAUUUGUCAUGUACAACCACAUAAAUCUGCUAUGUACAUUUUCUCACUUGAACAAAACAAGGAUUAAUGUGAACUGUGGGAUUAUCAGAAAAUAUAUGGGGUGUUUGCCUGUUUUAAUGCUUGAAAUCUAAUGAUAUGGUCUAUUCUUGGUGUACUUAAGUAUGAAGGAACCCACACAUCACUGUAAAUGUGUUUCCUCUCAGUAUGUAGAAGUCACUGCCUACGGUGGAAUCAUGUGAGACUUAAAGUGUGAAAAGGACAAUUAUGGUGUAUAAAGCCGAGAUAAAAACAUUACAGAUGGUUUCUAGAUAAAUGUGCAACACCAUUUAUAAUUUGAAUAUUGCAUUUAUUUAAAUACAUUAAAAUUUGCAAUGUAACAAAACUAUUGGCAUAUGAAAUUCAAACACCAUUUAAAUGAACAAAACAUGGCUCACUUCAUUUUCUGUGACUAGUGCAUCUCAAACACUAGUUUAUUUUUCUCCACACUUUUCCCUUCUCCAUAUCUCCCCC